AUGCUCGCUCUCGAGCGCAACGCUCGUAGUUUUUUCCUCCAAUGUCGAGCUUCUGCGCGAUGUCAACCGUGGCGACCGGUUCUCCUUCGUGGAAAUUCUCAACGGCGCACCCUCGCAGCAGCGAUUGAACCAGAAAGCCCUACAAAUGCUCAUGCUCCGGCAGGGAAACCUUACUAUGUGACAACGCCCAUAUUCUACGUCAAUUCAGGCAUGUCACCCCAUGUCGGCCACCUCUACACGUUGGUCCUCGCCGAUGUUCUCAAACGCUGGGCAAAGCUUCGCGGUGAUGAGAGGGCGACCCUCCUGACCGGAACCGAUGAACAUGGAAUGAAGGUGCAAAAGGCUGCUCAAAAGGCAAACACCGAUGUCAAGCUGUUCUGCGAUCAUCACGCCGAGCAGUUCAAGGCAUUAUGUGACGCAGCCAACAUCGAUUACGACCGUUUCAUCCGAACCACGGACGAGGACCAUAAGGAUGUUGUCAGAUAUGUCUGGGAAGAGCUGAAUCGCGCGGGAUUUAUCUACGAAGCCAAGCACGAGGGCUGGUACUCGGUCAGCGACGAGACUUUUUAUCCCUCCACUCAAGUCCACAAAGUCCUCGAUCCGUCAACAGGUAUAACGAAGAUUGUCUCCAUCGAGACCGGGAAAGAUGUCGAAUGGACUUCGGAGAUGAAUUACCAUUUCAGGCUGUCCGAGUUUCAGGCUCCGUUGCUGAAGUACUACGAGAACCAUGCAGGCGCCAUUGUCCCAAAGCAGCGCAUGGCCUUCAUCAUGGACGAGAUUCGAAGUGGACUCAAAGAUUUGUCUGUUUCCAGACCUUCAUCGCGGUUGACUUGGGGAAUUCAGGUUCCGGGUGACGAGAGCCAGACUAUCUACGUUUGGCUCGAUGCGUUAUUCAAUUACUUGACCAUGACGGGAUAUCCGCUCGUCAACAGAAAUGACGCCAACAUGGUGUGGCCCCCGAAUUGUCAAGUCAUCGGCAAAGACAUCAUCCGUUUUCACACCAUUUACUGGCCUGCUUUCCUCAUGGCUUUGAAUCUCCCUGUGGCGGAUAGAUUCCUGACCCACGCUCAUUGGACAAUGAACAACGAAAAAAUGUCCAAGUCGGCCGGCAACGGGGUCAAUCCGUUCUACGCCAUGGACCGAUUUGGGGUGGACUGUAUUCGUUUCUUCAUGGCGCACAAUGGGGGUAUUGUUGACGAUGCCACGUACGACAACUCAUUCAUUGAAGAGACGUACAAUCACUUACUAAGAGGUGGACUCGGCAAUCUCAUUCAUCGCGUCUACAAGAGCAAGCACUUCGAUGUCCGUGGGGCCGUGAAAUUGGUCAAAGAGGACGAAAAUUUCUCAAAGUUCAUCACUCGAGACCAAUGGAGCGCCAGUAGCCUGGAGAUGAAGGCCAUUCAUGCCAGCCUACGAGGUCACCAUGCCAGACUAUGCUCUGUGAGAGAAAUCGCAGACAACCACAUGAAGGAACCGGAUCCGCGGAAAGCUGUACAGUCAAUCUGUGAGCUGAUUGGGGAGACAAACAAGCUCUUCCACAACUCUGAAGUUUGGAAGUUGAUCAAGAGUACAGAUCCCGAGACAAGACGUAUAGCGAACUACGUCCUUUUCACCAGCGCGGACUCUAUCCGAAUCAUGGCUAUUCUUCUCCAACCGUUUAUGCCUCAAAGAAUGAAAGCCGCCCUGGAUUUGAUGGAAGUCGACGAAUCACGGCGGACGUUUGACGACGCGGUUUUCGGUGCUGAUUUCACAUAUGGUCCUCCAGCGCUAGGACCUGAUGCAAAGGCAUCGGCUGAGGUUGUCUUCCCAAUGCUCUUGUCUGUUCAUUGA